AUGUCUUACAACAAGGAUAAGGAUUUCGCCGGUGAAGGCCCAAUCAGAAUCACCCUCACCUCCAAGAAGGUUGAGUCCCUCGAGAAGGUCUGCCGUGAGCUCAUCGAGCGUGCCAAGGGAAAGGAUCUCCGCAUCAAGGGACCAGUCCGUCUCCCAACCCAAACCUUGAAGGUUACCACCCGUAAAACCCCUUGUGGUGAAGGUUCCAAGACCUGGGAUUGCUUCGAGAUGAGAAUCCACAAGCGUCUCAUUGAUCUUAACGCCCCUACUGAGGUUGUCAAGCAAAUCAUCAUCAACAUCGAAGCUGGUGUUGAGGUUGAGGUUACCAUCGCUGCAUAA